CCAGGUUCCUCUCUGGGCUCUUUGUCUUCUUCCUGUCAGGUAGAGGAUUGCUCUGCUGGCUAGCAGAGGUUCCUUGGCAGCCAGAUAAACUCCUGGGACCACUCCCACCCAAGCUGGGAGGAAAAUGCAUUGAGUCCUCACUGGGCCUGCAGGGCAUCACAGAAAACGCCAGCAAGAUGGAUGGCCCCAGCAAUAUCUCACUGGUCCAUGGUGAUACCACGCUGGGCCUGCCAGAGUACAAGGUGGUCUCAGUCUUCCUAGUGCUCCUGGUGUGCACCACCGGCAUCGUGGGCAACGCCAUGGUGGUCCUGGUUGUGCGGACCUCACAAGACAUGCACACGCCCACCAACUGCUACCUGGUCAGCUUAGCUCUAGCCGACCUGAUAGUGCUGGUGGCCGCGGGGCUGCCCAAUGUCUCUGACAGCCUGGUGGGGCACUGGAUCUAUGGACAUGCUGGCUGCUUGGGUAUCACCUACUUCCAGUAUCUAGGCAUCAAUGUCUCCUCCUGCUCUAUCCUGGCAUUUACUGUGGAGAGGUACAUCGCCAUUUGCCACCCAAUGAAAGCACAGACUGUGUGCACUGUGGCCCGGGCUAAACGGAUCAUCGCAGGUAUUUGGGGGGUCACAUCCCUCUAUUGCCUACUCUGGUUCUUCUUGGUGGACCUCAAUGUCCAUGACAAUCAGCGCCUGGAAUGUGGCUACAAGGUGUCCCGAAACCUCUACCUGCCCAUCUACCUGCUGGACUUCACUGUCUUCUUCAUCGCACCCCUGCUGGUGACCGUGGUGCUCUAUGGGCUCAUCGGGAGGAUUUUAUUUCAGAGCUCAUUGUCCCAGGAGGCCUGGCAGAAGGCGAGACAACCCACUGGGCAGGGUGAGGGUGCACCAGGCAGUUGCUGCUCUAGAUCCAAGGGCUCCAUGUCCUCCAGGAAGCAGGCCACCAGGAUGCUGGCGGUGGUCGUGCUGCUUUUUGCCUUGCUGUGGACCCCCUACCGCACGCUGGUGUUGCUCAACUCUUUCCUGGCCCAGCCUUUCCUGGAUCCCUGGGUUCUGCUGUUCUGCCGCACCUGUGUCUACACCAGCAGUGCCAUCAACCCUGUCAUCUACAGCCUCAUGUCCCAGAAGUUCCGUGCGGCCUUCCUGAAGCUGUGCUGGUGCAAGGCAGCUGGGCUGCAGAAGCGUGCAGCAUGCGUCACUGCCGGCAGCGUCAGUGCUGUCCAGGAGACCCCAGGAGGGACUGAGAAGAUGCAGCUGGGCUCCAUAGAGGCCUCAGGUCCCACAGCUGCUGGGUCCCUGCGUUGCCAGCAAGAGCCCCACUUCAGUGCACUCUGAAGGCUCCUGCCUGGCCCCUGACUCUGCUCCCUGUGCUGGCUUGCUCACUGGUCUGGUUGGUAUCUGCUCUGAGCACUGCUGGAUCGCCAGGAGAGGGACAGAUAGCUCACUGCCCAUGGGUCACCAGAGGUCCCUUUACCAUGAAGGAGGACACUGGAAUGUUCUCAGCUAGAUCCUGUGUGGGUAGCUCUCUAUUCUGAAGCCAGGCUGGUGGGAACAGAGAGGAAGCUGGAGACCCAGUCUUCACCCCUUCAAAACCUUUCAUCUGUUCCCACUCAUUACUUUAAGCAUCUUUUGGAGUUUAUUAUUGAAGGAGUGUCCUUCCAGGCGUUGAGCACUGCUGUCCCUUGAUGAGCCCAUGCGUACAGGUUUCAAAUGUGGUCAUUGGACAGUGGGGGUUAUACAGAAUGGGUGUCCAGCCAGUCACCCAGGGCUGUUCCAUGAUGUUCAUCCCUGGCCCCAGCAUCCCUUCCAGUCUUCCAUUAAGGUGGGCAGCCCUGUAAGAGAGCCCACCAAGCAAGCUCACCCACCACAGAUGUGCUUGAAGGAAACAAUUUGUCUUCCCAACCAGCACCAAGAAGUCACCUCUACCUCCUUGGCCCCAAAUGUGCAAGCCUGGCUGUCUGGACCCUCUCUGCCAGUUGCUGUCCUGCAUGCUAUGCUUUUAUUGGAGGCAUGCUGCAGACUCAAGAGAUGUCAGGAGAAGCCUCUGCUGGGAGCCAGCCCCAUCACUGCCUACAGGACUACUGGCUGAGCCUGAGGACCAGUAGGCUUCAUGUCCCACACUGUAAAAUGGGGCCAGUGACCCUGCCUUAGUCCCAGGACCCCAACAUUGAGGAACACUAUAGCAAACAUGUUUCAAUACGCAGAAGUGGUCACCCUGACUGGAGACCUCAGGAAGGCAGGAAUUGGUGGAUGCUGGUGUGUGUGUGUGUGUGUGUGUGUGUAUGGUGUGUAGUGUGUGUGUGUGUGCCCGCAUAGCUGUACCAGGUGAGUCAGCCUACUCAUACAGCUUCUGCCUUCCCGGCUGGAUGUGAUCCUACUGACUCAUUCCUGCUCUGGGUACCUGGGCUACUCCAAAAUAGAACUGACUUUUUAGGGGCUCUGAUUGCUGAGUCUGGUUUUGUGGGGUAGGACAUUUAGAACCUCACAUAUGGGGGAUUAAAGGACCUUACUAGAGGGAAAGUCAACACAACAGUUGGGGGUCACCCAGAGCAGCGGGAGCCCUACCUGAGGCCUGCCCAUGCCGUGGUCUCCAGACUGAGGGGCACGUUCUUUGGACGCCCCCACACCAGGCUGGCUGUGCUAGGGCAGGACUUGCUCCACCCUCUACCUGAGCUGGCUGUUCCUGCCAUCCUUAGAGCCCCUUCACCCUGUGACUUCUUCUUUACCACACCCAUGUGACAUGCACGUGUCCCCUGGCGGAUGUGGCCAGACAGACCUGAUCCCUAGCUCCUCCCCGUCUCCUGCACUCUGAGAUCAGAGCUUACAUGAAGUAGAUGUGGGGGGCAAACAUGGAGGUAAGGCAGUCAGAUCCAGCCAUGAUCUCCCAGGCUGCCCGGUCUGCCUGUGUGCUCUGCAAGCUCCACCCGGCCCAGACUUGUGACCUCUCUCUCUGACUGUGGCCUGGACAAACCUUGCUGACAUCAGACACUCCAAAUAUUUUCCUGUCCUAUCUCAUCUUUCCUAGUUACCCACUCCCCUGAAGCACAGCACCAGGGGAGUGGCCUUUGUCAAAUGCAGACCUGAAGAUCACAUUACGACAGGCCUCUUGGUGCGGCACACUGGGUAGUACUCACUUUCUUGGGUGAACUUGGUCUUGUAGAGCCAGCUCAGACUGGCAGAGCUCUUGAGGUCUGCUCCAUGCCAUCCUCCAAGACCAUCGCACGUCAACUGGGCAUCCAGCUCUAGCCUCCCGUAGCUUCUCUCUUGUACAGCAUGCGGUUAGUGGCCCCUCCUACUCUUGGCUUGGAAUCCUUUGUUUGGUAAAGUUGUUGGUUGGCUGGUGAAUGCUGCCUGGGUAUAUGGUGUCCUGUUAUACUGAGUUUUCUCUGUGACUUUAACCUCUGGAUGGAUGAAGCAGGCUAGCAGCCCCAGGACUGCAGGGAUCUUAUAAAGGAUAUAGUUGUUCGGCCACUGUGGACUCCUGCCUUAGAAGCAGGCUGCCUGGGAUAUGCUGAACACCCUGGAGGUGAAAACCAUGGAGCAGACCUCAAGAGUCCCUCUGGUCCUGAGUCAGCAUCUGCUUUACACCUGUGGCAAGAGCUCUGUCCUGGGAGGCAGCUGAGAACCCUCGAAUGGGAAGAUUGUAGAGAAAGACUUGGGAGACACGAGCCUUCCUCAAGACUGCCCAACGACACACAGAUGUUUGUAAAUGUAUAAUUUGCUCGUAUGUAACAUAAAG